CUUGUAUUAUGUCAACAGGUUAAAAGAAAGUGUCCUGACAACAAAGCUGGAAAGUGGAUUACUCCCAAAAAUAAUAAAGGCCAUGUGUGCACAUCUGUAGAAAUGGUUUGCGGCUCAGUCAAGCUGGAGCUAACUAAAUGAAACUAUGGGCUGUGCGUCAGCCAAGCAUGUCUCUGCUGUACAAAAUGAAGAGGAAGCUCAGAAGGGGAAAAACUACCAGAACGGAGAUGUAUUUGGGGACGAGUAUAGGAUCAAACCUGUGGAAGAAGUCAAAUACAUGAAAAAUGGAGGAGAAGAAGACCAGAAAAUAGCUGCCAGAAACCAGGAAAACUUGGAAAAAAGUGCCACCUCACAUGUAAGGCUUAAGCCUAACAAAGAGCUUCCAGGAUUAGUACACCAACCUAGAGCAAACAUGCACAUCUCUGAAAGCCAACAAGAAUUCUUCAGAAUGCUGGAUGAGAAAAUUGAAAAGGGUCGUGAUUACUGUUCAGAAGAGGAGGAUAUCACAUAGUGCCAUUUCUGCUGAUCAAAACGGGAAUACUACUGUGUAAAUAGAUUACAGUCAAGAUCCUUUUUGGAAGUCUUCUCAAGUGAACAGCACUACAUAACAAAAGAUCAUUUCCACAUUGUAUGCUCCAUUCAGUUGCAGUGUUUCUUGAUGACCAUACAAUGAACGUUACGGAGGGAAAGAACAGCUUGUGUGGAACUGCCUUGGCUGAUGCUGGCUGGAACGUGUUGCAGGUUUUUCACUUACAGGUAUCUGUGUCCAGGAACACAGCAAAUAUUUCAGCAUAAAAUCUUAAGUGACACUGUAGAUUUCACUUGGGCUGCUGGCCUAUUUUCUAUUGGCUGGAGUAGUAUUAUACAACACCUACCAUAACUGAGCAGCUGAACCUUCAAGUUCCCUCUGUUUGUCAACACCCCCCCCCCCCGGGUUGCAGAGUUCUUAUUCAUAUGGACAAUUUAGAGCUUUGGAGGUGGGAUGCUUUGCCACGACCGUCCUCGUUUCUCUGCUAGGAAGAAGUUGUCAAUUUAAAAGCAUGUUGUCACACAAAUACUGGGUAUGGUGAUGCAGGAGCAGAAAUCUGUAUUUUUAAAGUUUCUUUAAGUAUUGCAAUCGAGGAAUAAGCUUGCAGUAUUGGCUUUGCUGACCACAGAUGGAAGUUGUGACCACAAUCAGUUUGAAUCCCUCUUUUUUUCUAAGAAAAUAAACAUUUUACUGUUUUUAGGUA